UAGACAGUUUAUAAAUUAGGAUUUCAGUGGUAAUAUUGAUAGACAUUGAUGCACAUUCACUGAUAUUUGAGAGUUCCUGCAAUAAACUAAUAGACUUGUAGAUUGAGAAGAGAAUAUCUGAUAGAUCUUUAAAAAAUAAAAUAUACAGCAUUGAGCUAUAUUUAUAAUAGCCAAGCCCUGGGAGAUCUUAUUGAAUAAAGAUGAAUUUAAUGGAUUUUGGCUAUCUGUUGAGGAAAUACAAAGGAAAACUUCUUCAAAAAGGUUUUUCUGUUUUAACAAGGUAUCUUUUACAUGGGCCUAUUUAAGGGAAGGAGAAUAAUUUAUUACUAUUGUUAUUUAUAUUUUAUUUUCUUGUGGAUGUUGGAAUGUUAGACACUGUAGAGGGAAGGAAGUAGAGAAAGGAAAGGUAAAAUACAAGAAAGUAUCAUUGUUUUUUAAGGAGUUUAUACUGGGUUAAAUUGAAGAAUGAAUUAGCUAUUUAGCAUAAAUAGAAAAUGUAAGUGAAUAAUGAUAUGCUGGCCAAUUAGAAUUCAUAAAUAAAUGUUAGAUUUGAGGCAUCUUAGAAAUUAGUUCAGUCUUUUUGUUUUCUUAAUUUAAAUGUUUACUCUGUAUCCAACAUUUAAAUUCCUUACCAUAAAUAAGAAUCACUGGUUUUAACUAGUAGAACGACUCCCUCUUUCAUUCCCUGUAGUUGGUUCACAUAACCUUUGCCUGGAAGGGAAAAAAUUCUUUUCCUAUAAGAGCACCAGUUUUAUAAAUGAGGAAGUUGAAGCUUGGUGGUCACACCUUUAGGAAAGGCGGAAUCAAGAUUUCAGUCUAGUUCUCUCUUAAUCCAAUGUUUAUGUUCUUUCUACGAUACCAUUUCCUCACCUAAAGGGUUUCUUUUGAGGCAUUCCAAAGACCCUUUUGAAUUACUAAGUGAUGAGUCUUUUGUUUCUGAGAAUUAAGCUAGAAGUAUAGAAAAAUUAUCACAUGCCUGUAAACGAGCCACAUGAUACUGAAGAGGGCAGCUCAUUGGACAGAACUGACUUUCCAAUACCAAGCAUCCCACCUCGUUCAUGGGAGGUGUUUGCAGAGAAAGAAUUUCCCUGUACCACAAAUGAGCACAUCCUACAGUCAGGUCAGGAAACACUGUAUCUUAAACAUUCCUCAGAACAAAAUAUAGAGCAGAGAAUAUCUAUGAGUGAGCGUCCAUGAGCCCCUUGAAAUUACAUGCAAAAUUAUAUGUACGUAUGUGCGUUUUUUCAUAGCUUUCAUCAGAUUCUCAAAGGCAGUGAUUUCCAAAGUAUGGUCCCUAGAUCAGCAGCAUGAGUGUCAUCUGGGAACUUGUCAGAAAUGCAAUUUAUUUAGCCCAGCAAACUAUUUACAACUUUUUCAGGUGAUUCUGAUGCACAUAAAGCUUGAGAACUACUGCUCAAAGGUAAUACACUUAAAUCUAUAUGAGAAUGUGAGUGGGGAACUACAAAUGACUGUCAGCCCAUAAUUAGAAACAUACUGUUCAGUAGAGGUUUGAGAUCCAAAUCAGGUUAAGAAAUAAUAAUAAGGUGGGAAGCUAGGUGAAUAUGGAGAUGUUACUAAGAAUUAAAGCAUUGAGAGAAGGCUUUAGACUGAGAAAAGAAACAGUGUUUGCAAGAAUUAGUGAAAGGACUGCAUGAGGAAUAGAGAGCACAUGAACAUGGAGGAGAGAUGAACAGCUUCUUCCAAAAGAAGAGCAUGGCUCUCAUGGCCUUUUACACAUGGUGUAGUACUCAGUAAAUAUUUAUCCAAUGGAUGGAGUUGAUAGGGCAGAGUUGGGGACUCUGUCUUUUUAGGGUGGCUUCCAGGGGCUUUCAAAACAUCAGGGGCUGGAACUUGGAUUCGGUGGGGUAGCUUAUGGAUAUGGCUUGUGUAUUGGAAGAGGGGGAGUUCAGGUGUACAACUCAGUUUUUCAGGUCUUUGCAGUGUUUAGAGUAGGUGUAAAAUAAUUUAGGCAACAACUCAGUAUUUUGAGGAGCAUAGUAAUAUAGUUAAAAAGGACAUUGGGAUGACCUAAAGCUGGGAUUGGGAGGAAAACAGAUAAUACAGUAUUUUAAGCUGAAGUUGGACAGUGUCUGGUUGUUGUGUUUGGCUUAUGUUUGGAGGUACUUGGAAGAGAGUAGAGUCUGUGUUGAGGAAUGAGCAUAAAUAAGAGCAGGAAGGAAGGAAAUUGAGGAUGCAAGUAGCAGAUCCAACUGCAAAACUAGGGGCUCUUCUGCUUUGAGUUUUAGAAAAUGUAAUAGUGAUAAUGUUAUUAAAAGAUGUCAUAAAUCCAGCAACAUUAAUAACCCUUUGAUGACUUCUGGUUUAUUAUUUUUAUUGCUCCAAACAUACUUUAUUGAGUGCUAAACCAGAGUGAGUGCCUGCCUACCUUGAAACCUUUCCAACCAAAGGUUUUUGGCUAUCAUCCCAGCUGGCCUGUUUCUUGAUAUGAUAACAGCUAGACAUAUGGAGUUAUCAGGGAAUACGAAGGGCAGAGAGAGCAUCCAGGAACCUAGAUUUGAUUACUACAACCAUGAAGUUCCUGAUAUUGACCUCAGUGAUUGUGAAUUCCCACAUGUCAUUGAAAUUUAUGACUUUCCCCAAGAAUUUCGUACUGAAGACCUUCUACGGGUUUUCUGCAGUUAUCAAAAGAAAGGAUUUGAUAUUAAAUGGGUGGAUGAUACACAUGCCCUAGGAGUAUUCUCCAGUCCAAUUACAGCUCGUGAUGCGUUGGGUAUUAAACACACCAUGGUGAAGAUUCGUCCCUUGUCACAGGCCACAAGAGCAGCCAAGGCCAAAGCUAGAGCUUAUGCUGAGUUCCUCCAGCCAGCAAAGGAGCGUCCUGAGACUUCAGCAGCCCUAGCCAGAAGGUUAGUCAUCAGUGCCCUUGGGGUUCGAAGUAAGCAGAGCAAAACCCAACGAGAAGCAGAGCUCAAGAAACUGCAAGAAGCCAGAGAGAGAAAGCGGUUGGAAGCCAAGCAACGAGAAGACAUCUGGGAAGGCAGAGACCAGUCUGCAGUUUGAACAUCACUCAAUGAAAAGGAUAAUUCCAUGAAUCAGAAAAUGUUUCCAUAGUCUUCAGAUAAGAGGAUCCUUCCAGAGCUCUGUGUACAUGCAGAUGUGCAUGUUAAAGAGAUAAAGUGAUCGAGACAAGGACUGAUUGGGUAUAGAAGGAAGACAGACUCCUGUCUUUACUCCUAAAUGCAGUUCUUUGGAAUCACCCUACUAUGAUGGGCAUAGUAGGGAGCCAUCAACUAGGAAGAAACGUGGGAGAUGUGAAUUCCAGGAGUCCCCUGGACAGGGCAAGUCAUGUUAGUGUGGGUCACACUUCCAAGAUAUUUAAAGCAAAUGCAAAAUAGAGCAGAGGAUUCAAACCGCAAGAAUGGGAGAUUUAGGCCCUGCAAAGGCAGAGCAUUCCUUAGUACCUCACAAAACAGAAUAAUACUGGAGGCAGAGUAGGGGGUGGAUAGAGAGUGGUUAGUACAAAGAGACAGAACAAUGUCUGGUUUACUUGGCCUACACAGAAUCUACACUGCUGGUUCCAGAACUCCAAAGUUGGUGAACUACAGGAGAUGUGGGUAGUUAGACUCCAAAGUUUAUACUGAGCUCAGUGCCUGGGACCGUUCCAGCUGUACUGCAGCCAGGGGGGAUGCCAGCUUCAUUCCUCAGAGUAAACCAACCUUGGGAGCUGUGUGCCAGUUCCGGUGUAAGCAGUAAUACCAUGUUGUAAGAGCGGACAUUAAAGCCCAUUUUAUGACAUAUCA